AGUCAGCACCGAUCCUGGCCCAAGGCCAACACCAUCCGGCUGGUGGUAAAGGCGGUCUCUUCAAUGUAAAUACCACCAAAUUCUUUCAUCAUCCUGUCGCCUCUCUUACGAACAGUGCCACUAAUCCACUUGAUCCUACUCCGCAGAUGCAGUAGUUUCCGUUGCCCAAUUCGCUACCCCCCCAAACCAUAAUGAAGCGUGGCGAGCCAUUUCCAUCAUCAAUCCUAAAAUACAUGAGGACGUACAUGCAACGAUUUGGCUUUUCCUACCUCCUCUUUGACAUCUACAGCCGGAUCCGGAGCUCAACAACAACAACAGCAGGCUUCACACAACAGCCUCAACCUGCCGUCAACUCCGACCUACAACACAACUCCUCCGAAUGUAAUGCUACUCCUGAACUGAGCGGACCUCCCGCCGGCAUGGGACCGAUGCAUCAUAAAACACCAACACAUCUCCGCCAUCCGCCGCCACACGUUCACCAACACGGACCGCCGCAGAUGCCACAGAUGCAAAUGUCCCCGCACGAUCACCGCUGCGGACUAGAGAACCUCUAUGUUCUCUUAUCAUUUCAACACCCAGCAGCAUCUCCCGCACCAUCCGAGCCUCGCGGAAAUGAGCAUGAGCAUGAGCAUGAGCAUGAGAGACCACCCAUGGUUGUCCUUCUCCGUUGCUGAA